AUGGAAUCCGAGUAUACAUCCGAGGAAGAUUCAGGUCAUAAGCCUACAGUUGUAACUAGGACGACGUCGUCCGUUCUUCUCGAAACAAGCCCAGAAGGCAUAUUUGGGAACCUUGCUAUUUAUACCUGUUUGCUGAUCGUACUUGCUAGUAGUGAUGGGCAUCCUUGGGGAACCGCCUCCCUCGGCUCCGAAUUGGUAUCCCUUCAGCCAUACGACAUAAACGUGGAAAUUGAGUUGCCUCGUACUCCGUCAAACCUUGCCGCUGGGAAUUUCAUGCUCGAUCUGACCCUCCUUUCCCAUCCUUCGACGUCUGCCCUGACGGGCACGAAUAGCUCUACGUAUCCUAUCUCACGAUCGCGCCGUCCUGCUAUGCUAACAUACGCCUCGCCUCUGGUGGACACAGCCAGCAAGCUCUCGCUUAUGCCGUUCUAUGUGUUUGGCUGGUCACGGGAAGCAGAGAAGCUGGUGGUACCAAUGAUGGAACGGGUUGAAUUUGCCCGCGGACGGCGCAAUUUGCCUGAAAGUUUGCGGCUGGAAAUACACAGUAAAGAGGAGAUGCAAAUAUACAAAGCAACGGUGGAAUUCAGAGCUAGGUUUACUGGAUUGAGAUGGAUGAUGUACAACUGGAAGAUCACGUCGUUCUUUAUCUUUAGCUCCUUGUUCUGGAGUAUCUCUUCUUUAUCAAGCACGGGUACGCGUGAACCGGAGGUAAAGGAAGAAGCGGGCGACGAAACGCCGAUCAAGGAGGAACCUUCUGAGGAAACAUCGUCUCUCAUGGAAGCGCCCUCUGCUUCUUCAACUAAUCCAGAAGGGAAGCGGAGGAUCAAAAGAGAAGAUGAAUAUGAGGCAGAUGACGACGAGUCUGAUGGUUCGCCAAGAGACCGAGGUACAUUACCAUCCGAGGAAGUUGGUGCGGGGACUGGGUUGGAAAGUGCUGAGGCUCGCGGUGUUCAACGAAGGCGAAGCCGCCUGUUCAGUGACGGACAUUCCUAA